AUGACUGGACGCGGCAAAGGUGGCAAGGGCCUCGGAAAGGGAGGUGCUAAGCGUCAUCGAAAGAUUCUUCGCGACAACAUCCAGGGCAUCACCAAGCCUGCCAUCCGACGUCUCGCUCGCCGUGGUGGUGUCAAGCGUAUCUCUGCCAUGAUCUACGAAGAGACUCGCGGUGUCCUCAAGUCCUUCCUCGAAUCAGUCAUCCGUGAUGCUGUCACCUACACUGAGCACGCAAAGAGAAAGACCGUCACUUCUCUCGAUGUCGUCUACGCCCUCAAACGUCAAGGCAGAACCCUCUACGGUUUCGGUGGCUAG